CCACCGCGAGCCACCACGUUCUUGUGACGAUCCCUGGAUAUUGACACCCCAGCGUCAGAGUCCUGCAGGUAAACGUUGACGACAGAAACAAACCUGCGGAGAUGUUCAUUGCGUUAUGAAACGAGGCUACCACAUACGCAUCACCGUACACAGAAAGGUAGAGAUAUCUCAGUCUCAUCCGCACGCUCUCGACACUUUCGUACCGGAAACGCUAUUCCAACGUCUGCCAUCGCAUCGACCAAAGUCGACGCUGAAAAAGAACGCAGUCUUCGACCCUGCCCGCAAAGAUUACAGAUACGGACCCAUUCGAUUGGACUGGACUGAUUUCGAACAACACAUGAGCACCACUGGAUUGUCUAGCGGCAAGGAGAAAGACCGCAUCGGAGGACCUCUGAUAGCGAAUUUCGUUCCAAAAACCAAGUCUGGCUCGACUAAUCUGCCGGAAGGAGUAGUUCAUCUCUACCGCGACUGCGAACAACCUCGAAGUAGCGAGACACAAGCGUCGGGGGGGCCAUCUGAUCCAGCAAGCGGGUCAAUCUCGGAUGACGGGACCACGCUCGGGGUUUUGUCUGUUCCAUCAUGGAUGACCCCCUCUGAUUUUCUCGCUUUUGUUGCCCCAGCUGCAGAGGGGAUGGCCCAUCUUCGGCUGAUCCGUGACUCUAUGCCCAAUCGUUCUAUAGCCAUUUUAAAAUUCCGUCGCUCAGAAGAGGCCACCGAAUUUGCCGAAGCUUACAAUGGAAAAUCGUUUAACUCGAUGGACCCAGAGACCUGUCAUGUCGUACGCAUUUUGUCCGUGGAGAUAGAGACCGAAGACGCUGUCCAGAGUAUGCUAGGGCGUUUGGUGUCCCCACAAUCAUCGACAUACGAGUUGCCCACCUGUCCAGUGUGCCUGGAACGUAUGGAUGCUGCAGUUACUGGUCUCAUCACUGUACCUUGUUCGCACACGUUCCACUGCAUGUGCCUGAGCAAAUGGGGCGACAGCCGGUGCCCAGUCUGUCGGUAUUCGCAGACAUUGCUUUCCUCUCACCCAACCACUUCGGGGUCGCGCUCGCGGCCCAUCCCAUUUGCCCAUACGUCUUCCCCGUCGAUGUCCACUUGUGUCGACUGCUUGUCGACGACGAAUUUGUGGAUAUGCCUUAUCUGCGGCAACAUUGGUUGUGGCCGCUAUGGCCGAGCUCAUGCGCAUGCACAUUACCAGAACACGACUCAUCUCUACGCCCUCGAACUUGAGACACAGCGCGUUUGGGAUUACGCCAGUGAUGGCUAUGUUCAUCGUCUCAUCCAGAAUAAGGCUGAUGGGAAGCUCGUGGAAUUGCCUUCUGCUGCGUCGUCGAUGGGUACCAAUGCGAGGGACGACGGUGCUCUAGGACCGUCGCAUGCUGACACGCUCAACGCCGAAAAGAUAGAGGCUAUCGGUAUUGAGUAUUCGUAUCUACUCACGUCCCAGCUCGAUUCUCAGAGGGAGUUUUACGAAGAGCAGACUACUCAAUUAAAGUCCCAGGUAGAAGAGCUACGUGGUCUAAUGGAAAAGUUAACCCGAGACGUUGAGAAGGAGCGAGCCGAGGCGCGGCAACGUGAACAACAACGUCGUCGAGAAGAGGAUGAAAAACUGGAGGCUGUUCAUCGAGAGAAAGCACGAGCAGAAAAAAAGGCAGAGAAGAUUACCGAGCUUGCGCGGAGACUUGAAAAGGAGCUCAAGGAAGAGAAGGCAGUUAGUGAAGGUCUGCUCAGAAACCUGGAGAAAAUGCAGGAGAAUGUCGAGCGUUCAGAGAAACAGAGGGAAGAAUACGGCACUAAGAUAACGGAGCUACAAGAUGAACUUAGAGAUGUCAUGUUUUUCCUGGAGGCUCGUUCGAAAAUCGAACAAGGAGAAGGAGUUGAAGGAGAGGCGGCUGGCGGUUCGAUUGAAUUGCCUCCGUCAUCGGCUACGAGGAAGAAAAAGGGAAAAAAAGGAUGACGACUGGUAGCCUUGGAAUGACUCGCCGCCUGCAGCCCCCCGUUCCU